AUGAAUUACGCCAAGAGGCUAUUCGUCCUCUUUCGACAAAGAAUAAAACGCUUUUCUCGAUAUUUCGCAGUCCAGAGGCCAAAUUCACUAGAAAACUCGCUAUUGGCCAAGCUCCCAACAGAGCUACUGCAACAAAUUGCCAACGAUCUUCCUGUCGCAUCAGCCGCAUCAUUUUCUCUCUCUUGUCGGCACAUUCUCCUCCUGAUCGGAACUCAAUACCUUGAGAACCUAGCAACCUCGUCACACGAAACACUGGUGUUCUUGAAACUUGUAGAACAUGACCUUCAGGAUCAGAUCGCUUGCAAUUCUUGCAGAAAGCUUCAUAGGAUAAAAAAUGCCAGGAAAUACAUCGGGUAUCAUCAUUUGGUAGAGCCGGAUUGUCUCGUCGAUGAUAGAAAGGCAAGGGUUUAUGGGUAUAUUCACCAGAAGUUCAGCUCCACUGUUUUCAAGAUGGCGAUGAAGCACCACCACCUCUUUGGUUAUGAUGCUCGAAGCCGCCAGCUCUUGAAUCUUCUGUCAGUUGAAUCCUACACACACGGCUGGCGUACCUUGGUCAAGAAACAAGACGCAGAAUGUCGAAUAAAAAACGGUUCUCUAUUCACCUGCAAACGCGUAGCUUUCCAUGGCACGUAUACAGCUUUCGAGCGAGGGUCAAUACGCUUCUUUGAGAUAUGCCCACAUCUUGAACUUGAAUCAAUAGGGCGGUCUGCCAGUCUCCGCAUCACAUCAUCGUAUCAUGUCUCACGUAAGAGGAGUUCAAGGCUACUACAUUGCGAGAAGAGUAGUAAUACAAAGGAGGGAGAUCUCUGCUCGGAGCUUCAGCAAUGUCGAUACUGUCGAACUGAAUAUACGGCUGGGUUUGAGUACGAUGAUGGUUGUACUAUAAAAUUAACAAUCACUAUCUGGAAAGAUCUUGGGCAAGGGCCAGAAGCGGAAGAAUGGAAAGCACAUUUCCCCCUUCCAGACCGGCGGUCAUUUCCACAACCAAUUCAGUUCCAUGGAGGAGAGAUAGCUUCUGUCUUUCAAGAAAAGGGGACCGAUCUGUGCCCAAGAUGA